AUGGCUCCGCAACCAAGGAAACCUCUCAUUCUUGCUAUCCCGCUGGAGGUUCGACACGAGAUAUACCGCUAUACGUGGACGGUCCCCAUCGAUGUCAAGAAACACUUACAGAAGCCUUACGCGUACUAUGACCUGUACUUUUUGUCGAAACCCUACCGGGAACUCCAGGUCAAACAACUUCAUACGCUCCUUUCUAUCUGUGGACAGAUGAGAGACGAGGUCCUCUCAGAAUACUUCUACCGAACGCAGGUUCAUUUCCGGCACCUUUCCACCUUCGGGACGAUCCUCCUCUGGCAAUCCAAGGCAAACCACUACAUACGGUCCUCUCUUCUCUUUUCGUCCUAUACCCAGCACGUCAGCCUUACUUGGGAACCACGCCGUCAUCCGCCACCCGAAUCUCUUCGUGAAUUUUCCAAGACUAUUGAAUGGAUGUUGCAGCUGAAGCAGCUCAAGACCGUUGAGCUUGUGAUUAUUGAUUCGCAGUUGCACACUUUCAAAUAUUUCCUGGACCAGUUGACGGCCGCCCUAAACGAUUUUUGCGCAUUCCAUAUCGUGUUUCAGCUCGGAAAUAAGCUGCACAACCUAGAGAAGAUUGUUCUCAAGCUCUAUCUUAACAGACGCUGGGUGGAACUGGAUGCGGAUUUCUUGAAAAGUGCACCUCGGCUUCGGUAUUUCAACGACGUUCUUUCAAGGUCGUUGCGGGAGGACCUCAAACAACCACCCAUCGCGCCCGCAGGUAAUCUUGAUAUCGAAAACUUUGCCUAUAAUGGUCAUGAUGCUUGA